AUGCCAAGCAUCGACGUCGAGCCCAAGAGGCGUCGUCGUAAGGAGGACAGUGAACGCGACGAGCGGGAUAGGGACAGAGAGCGGGAUAGAGAUCGAGACUCUCCAGUUGCCAAGGACAAGCACCGGAUACCGCAUACGUCAAGCACGAAACUCCGAAAGCGAAGAUCGACGAGCAGAGAGAGGCUUUUGCCCAAACUAGCAUCGUCGGAAAGGGGGAGCAAGCGUAAGGUGGAACUCGUGGUUCCAGAGAUGGAGAGGCGCUCAGCGAGCGGAUCCGGAGUGGACAUUAGGCAGAAAACAUCGUACCCGACUUUCAGCAAAGCGCAUAGCAGAGAAGCUGUGGGAAGUCUGGAAGAUGUGCGCAAUACUAAGCCUCUGACGCCCGCGGCUACAGAUGUUGGUCCAGAGCGGAGAAGAAAUUCCACACCCGCGAAACCUCUUGCAGCGGAUACACCGCCUAGUCCUCCGCUGACGGCUGACAACCCAGAAAUCCGGAGAUCGGGAAACGGCACGCCGCGUGGUUCAGAAGUCAAAGGUUCGCGGUCAGAUGCGCACCUGCGCAGGGAUGCUGCUGCGGCGGCCGCGGCGUAUGGUGACUCCGAGAUAUCGAGCAUGCCUGGCGCCUUCCCGGAAGAUGAGCGCAAGACGACGCCAAGCAGUGGAUUUCGCAAGUCCGUCUCCACCGCCGCAUCAGCGUCACAGCCGCAUUCAACGGUCACGCAGAAUACGCAGAACACCCAGGAGUCCUUCGACUCUGGCGCGACUACCGUACCUCCUGAGCGUAAGGCUCACCGUCAACCAAGAAUUAUCCCGGUUUACGAUGACGGACCUCACCUCGAUACGGAACCCCAGACGCCCAUGUACGAGUUUGUUGACGAUUUACCGCGGAAGACACCAAUCAUUGAUGUCGGUGCUGCAUCGGCCUACGUGCCAACAGGAAACUUUGGGCAGACGCCUAUCACGGCGGUACCGCCCAUGCCGCCUCCACCACCUCCUGCGCCGAGGGACAUUGCAGCUGGCAAGGAGCCUCCUCGGGUGGACUAUCUGUUGAAGAACGGCGGCUUAUCAGGUCUGAUACCGAAGAGGUUAGUCCAGUCUGGAACACCUGUUCAACAGUACAGCAUGUAUCAGUCGCCUGCCAUCCUACAACAAGCGCCACUCGAGGAGUACUCGAAGGUCUUUGCAACUUUGCAUAAGCGAUUGGACGACUAUUUGCAAGUACUGAAGUCAAACGGCUCUCUCGCAGUGGCCACGGGCUACAAGUCAGUUGCAAGGCGACUGCUGGACAAGCUUUCACAAGUGUUUGCACGCGACAUCUCUUCGCAGCGUUGCGACUGCGUCAUAUGUAAGAUGACUCCUCAACCGGCUCUGUCUGACGAGGAAGACAGUGGUAUCAGUUGGGGCGAGAUCUUAGAGUUCGUAGCAGGCCGGCGAGAGCUACCACAGUGGCCGCCGUUCAGCAUGCAACCCGAGGACGGCGGGCUUGGAAUUUCCGGCGCCACUCAGAAACCAAUGCAGAAGCUAGACAUCGACGUGCCGGACGAGUACCGUGACCAUUACAUAAGACAGAAUCAGAAGACGAAGCGAGCAGUACAGAACUGGCUCGCACAACAGCCAGACUUCCCCUGCAGCCCACCUGAUGAAGCGGACGAAGAUACCUUGAUGUUUGCAAUGAUGACGAGACUAGAUGUGCAGCAGCGCAACUUCUUCAUAGCGCUCAUGCAUGGACAGAGUGUCAUCUCUGAAGCGCGAGCGCCGACGCCAGCCGAGCGACCAAGUACACCGUCGAAUGCGCUUAAGCGGACGAGGAAGGCUCUACACCGGUUGUACCGUCUCAGCAAGCCGCCUCGAGAUUGCGAGUGCGCAAUGUACCUGCUUUCGAAUCCUGAGCUGCACGGCAUGCUCGCCACGCUCGCUGAAGUGAACGAGCAGGAGUGGGACAUUCUGGUGUCAGGACGCUUCGAUGGCUUCUUAUGGUCUGGAGCCGAGACGCCUGUGGCACCUUCUAUGGGGACGUUCACACCAUCACGAGCGCCAUCCCGGGGCGUUAACGGCACGCCAUUCUCACGAAAUGGUACGCCUUUUAGCGGUCUGAGUGGUAUGCCGGCAUCGCGCGGACCCACGCCUUUCAGUCCCUUGCGUAACGUGAUGUCGCCAGAAGAAGAUCCUUUUGGUACGCCGUAUGCUGUGCAGCCUCCCAUGUUCCCGUCGCGCGGGCCGACACCUGGACCGAAUGGGGCGGGCGUUAGCGCACCUGCGCCCGUGCAGAUGGACGAAGACACGGAGAUCGCGGUCUUGGCCGAAGUCGAGCGGAACCUGUUCAGUGACAUGGAGCGCUUCGAAGACGCAUUCGAGCUGCUGCACUCUCGUGCGGAGCAAGUGCGGCAGAUGCUGCGUGAGCGUUCGGCAGGAUUGGCGUUGCAGACUCAGCUCCGCCGCGGCUCUAACUCGUCGGAUCAGUUCGUUCGGCUCGAUACACCGGCUUCGGGCAUUACAGACUUCGAAGACGAAGAUGAUGACGACGGGCUUGGCGAUGUUGCGUCUCUUGCGCCGGACGACAGUGCUAGUCAAAUUAGCGUCAACCGUCGACACCGACGACGGCAGGGGCGGGAGAACAGAACCCCUGCGCCCGUCGCCGAGGAGGACGAGAGUGUGUUUGAGGAGGACACGAGGAAGCAUGGUGGAAGGAGGUCGAAGUACUGA